UUAUUUUUUAUUCCGGUACACUAGUAUUGUUGUAAAUUUUAUUGCGCGUUUGCUGGUUUCAAUUGUAGUACACUGCGAUUGAUAUUUUUGAUUUUAAAUGUACUUAAGUAAUAUAAAGCACAAUGAGGCAAGAUGGGAAAUUUUAUUAGGUGUAAAAUGGGACGUCCCAUCUUGUCCUCACUUGGUAUUUACUAUUUUGUAAUAGUUAAAUAUCAGUAUACUGGUAUUUUUAAUCUCAAGUUUUUCUCAUUAAAUAUUCUUUCUACAUUUGUUGCCAAGCAUUGAUAAUAGUUAUAUAUUAUUAUGUUAAAAUAAUUAUUAAGGUACCUAUUAUAUAGAAACAUGGCAAGAAUAAGAAAAAGAGUGACAACUAGACAAAACUGGGAUUCUGACUCCAUGAGCAAUGCUGUUUUAGCUGUAAUAAAUAAAAGUCAAACCUACAGAGAAGCAUCAGCAACCUUUAAUGUACCUAGAAGUACAUUACUAAGAAAGGUAAAAAAAUUAAGUAAAGAUGCUAAAUAUGAUCCUGCAUCAAAAAAUUCAUUAGGACCCAUACCAACCGUUUUUACCAUUGCUGAAGAAAAGGAACUAGUUUCAUACCUACAACUUAUGGAAGGCCGUCUCUUUGGUUUUAGUACAGUUGAUUGUAGGAAGUUGGCCUAUCAACUUGCUGUAAAAAAUAACAAGAAACACAAUUUCUCUCACAUAAAAGAAGAAGCUGGUUAUGACUGGUAUAAGGGGUUUAUGUCAAGACACCCAGAGUUGUCGCUUAGAAAACCAGAAGCCACAUCGGCAGCACGUGCAAUGGGUUUUAAUAAGCCUGUUGUAAUGCAAUUUUUCAAACUCCUGGGUGAGCUUAUGGACAGAUAUAAAUUCACUCCAGAUCGGAUAUACAAUUGUGACGAGACUGGUAUUUCUUCAGUCCCCAAAAGCAAAGCUAAAAUAAUAGCCACCAAAGGCCGAAAACAAGUUGGUUCGAUAACAUCUGCUGAACGUGGUGAAACUGUGACAGUCGAAAUGUGCAUGAAUUCUGUUGGAAGAUAUAUGCCACCAUUGUUUAUUUUUCCCAGACAGCGGCAUAAUAUGGACUUCAUGAGAAAUGCUCCUCCAGGUUCUUAUGUAGAAUUUCACCCUAGUGGCUGGAUGCAGAAAUCUAUAUUUGAACGUUGGUUACAAAACUUCAUUACCUUUUCAAAUUCAUCAAAAGAUACUCCAGUAUUAUUAUUACUAGAUGGACACUCCACUCAUACCAAAAACAUUGAACUCAUCAAUUUAGCACGUGAUAAUGGAGUCAUUCUCUUAUGUUUUCCUCCACACUGUACACACAGACUACAACCACUGGAUGUAGGUUUAAUGAAACCUCUUAGUGUUUACUACGAUAAGGAGAUAACUAACUGGCUUCGCAGUCAUCCUGGUGAAGUAGUUAAUCUAAAGCAUGUAGCAGAAAUUUUUGGAUUAGCUUUUGCUAAAGCUGCUACAAUGACAACGGCUAUGAAUUCAUUCAAGUCAACAGGUAUUUUUCCUUUUAAUCCUGAUAUAUUCCAAGAUUCAGAUUUUGUUGCUUCUGAUACUACAAAUGUUGAACCAAUGAAAACAAUAGAAGUAUCACAAGAUAAAGAGCUAGAAAAUAUUUUAAAUUUGAAAACAGUUGUAUCCCCAAUUCAAAUAUCCAAUCCAACACAAACUAACAAUAUAAUGUGCACUGAAGAAAUUGAAGGGGGUCAAUCAAACCUCAUAUCUCCAAUUACUCCAGUCACAAAAAAAAAUACUUCAUUUCCACAUGUCUCACCAAUUGAUGUUAUUCCUAUUCCUCAACAAAGUUAUGAGAAUAAGCAAAAAAAGAAGAGAAAUACUAGGGCCAAAGGAAAAACUGCAAUUCUUACAGAUUCACCAUAUAAAAACGAGUUACAACAACAGCAACUAAAUCAAACGAUUAAAUUAAUUAAAAAAGAAAAAUCCGUUAACAGA